AUGGCUGCCAGGCACCAAGCAAAGCAAGAAAAUGAGGAGGAGGAGGAGCAGCAGGGUCAGCGGGGGCUCAGCUUCAAAUGCUUCCGUUCUUUCCGACACAAAAUCAGAGAGGACAACUGGAGGAGGCAGCAGGACCCAGGCCUCGAGCCUGGCAGCAAGGAACCAGAGGAAAAGAAAAUCGCUCUGGAGCUGCUGGAGACGGAGCAGGCUUACGUCAACCGCCUCCACCUUCUCGACCAGAUAUUCUAUACAGAGCUGAUGAAAGAAGCCAAAAAUGGGAAGACAGUCCCAGAGGAGGUGGUGAAAAUGAUCUUCUCCAACAUCUCCUCCAUCUACCAGUUCCACGCCAAGUUCUUCCUGCCAGAGCUGCAGAAGCGCAUGGAGGACUGGAGCUGCAACCCGCGGAUCGGGGAUGUGAUCCAGAAGCUUGCACCAUUCCUGAAGAUGUACGGUGAAUACGUUAAAAACUUCGACAAGGCCGUGGAGCUCAUCACCGUCUGGUCGGAGAAAUCCCCGCCCUUCCAGGAGCUCAUUGCUGACAUCCAGAAGAGGAAGGUCUGCGCUAACCUAACGCUGCAGCACCACAUGCUGGAACCUGUGCAGAGGAUCCCGCGCUACGAACUCCUCCUGAAAGACUAUGUCCGAAAACUACCGCCCGAGUCCCCAGACCGGGACGAUGCAGAGAAGGCCCUGGAGAUGAUUUUCAUGGUGGCCAAGCACUCAAAUGCAGCUAUCGCCGAGAUGGAACGGCUGCAGAACCUCUGGGCGGUCUAUCAGCGGCUGGGCCUCGAGGACGACAUUGUGGAUCCCUCCAACGAGCUGAUCAAGGAGGGGCCAGUCCAAAAAAUCUCUGCCCGCAACAACAGCACAUCGGAGAAGUACCUGUUCCUGUUCAACAACAUGCUGCUGUACUGCGUGCCCAGGGUCAUCCAGGUGGGUGCUGAGUUCCAGGUCCACCUCCGCAUCGACGUGGACGGCAUGAAGGUGCGGGAGCUGAACGACACGCAAUUCCCUCACACCUUCCUGGUCUCGGGAAAGCAGCGGACGCUGGAGCUGCAAGCCAGGUCUGGGGAGGAGAUGAACGCCUGGAUCAAGGCCUUCCAAGAUGCCAUUGACAGGAGGGAGAAGAGGAGUGAGACCUUUAAGACAGCAGUGCACGGGCUGGAGCUGGGCACCCCUGCGUUGAAGACAGAGGAGCUGGGCCGCCGAGCCCCACAGUGGGUGCGGGACAACCUGGUGACCAUGUGCAUGCGCUGCAAGGAGCCCUUCAACGCCAUCAUACGCCGGAGACACCACUGUCGGGCUUGUGGAUACGUGGUGUGCGCUCGCUGUUCUGACUACAAGGCCGAGCUGCAGUAUGAUGGGAACCGUCUGAACCGUGUGUGCCAGGAGUGUUACGUCUUCCUGACGGGCCACGUGGUGCUCGAGGACCGGGAGGGGAAGCACAAAGGCAUCCUGGAGAAAGGAGCUGCAGAGGUAUCGGGCAGGAGUUUGCUGUGCAGUUCCCUGCAGCUGCUGGACAAGAACGGCAAGGGGGGCACGCGGGGCUGGUUCGUGAUCCCGCAGGAUGAUCCCCUCGUGCUGUACAUCUACGCAGCCCCCCAGGACGUCCGAGCACACACCUCCAUCCCGCUGCUGGGCUACCAGGUGAGGGACCUGCCCCAGGGCGACUCCCGCCACCUCUUCCAGCUGGUGCAGUCCCGGCAGGUCUACACCUUCGUGGCCGACACUGAGGAGCUGAAGCGGCGCUGGAUGAGGGCCAUGGCGCGCUCCGCCGCGGGGAUCACGCACCCGGAGGAGGGCGAGGAUGUGGACUCCUGCGACGAAGCAGAAUGA